CAUCGUCCUCGUAAUCCGUCAUUGAGAAGCUCGGCUGCUCGACACGUUGUCCUCGCUGCUCACACGGCAAAGCUAGGGAACCUCAGUUCUUUAGUCUCCUUUCCUGUUUCACUUGAGUGUUCGAUCCAUUUCAAUUCAAGCAAGCUGCAUUCUACACCAAAAAUCUCUGUCUUGAUGCAGAUUAGAGGUCAUUGUAGAUCUAGCGACAAAUCACGAAUCGACUACCAAUUUUCCUUCGCAAAAUGGCGAUGGCGAUGGCAGUGGAGAAAUCUGCACUCGCUGAGGGCAUCCAGCCGAGAGUAAGAAGCAGAUCUAAAACAUGGGAGUUACAUGGAAGUAGAGGCUUCAAAGCAGGACAUGCCUGCUGCACCAGAACUCCCAUCCAUGCACCUGAAGCUCUCAGAUCUCUAGAAGCUGACUUCUGGGCCUGGCGGAUGGAAGACGCUCCAGAAUUUGCCACAGCUGCUGGUGAGACAUGUCACAAUGACCUCCUGGAGUCCUUUGAUAUAUCAGUCUAUCAGACUCGCAAGGUCAAAGUGCUGGAGUACUUAAACAGACUUCAAGGGGUUAACAGAGAGCAACUUUCUCCUACAGACAAACUAGACUAUGAUAUCUUUGAUAACCAUCUCCAGACAUUCUUGGAUGGUGCCAGAUUUGAUAUGUAUGUUAGCGUAAAUCCAGUAAACUUCCUGGAAGGUGUCAAUGCUAAUCCAGGACAUCUUCAAGUCAUAAUGCCUUUUACAGACAUCUGUGACUACGAGGAUUACCUACUGAGGCUUGAACUGUUGCCCCAACAGAUUGACGAGAAGAUUGAACUAAUGCAAACAGCCAUUACUCUUGGUCACACUCUGAAUAAAAUGUCUGUUAUCCGCAUUCCAUCUCAGAUAGAUGACAUUGUAAUGGAUGACGCUGAAGAGUCACCUUUUUAUGCACCAGCAUUUACAACUAAACUGGAUAACUCCGAUGUACCAAGUUCAAAGAGGACUGUGUUGAGAGCAAGAGCUGAAAACUGCAUCAACUUGAUCAACCAGGCAUUGCUGCGGAUGAAAGACUUCCUGGAGUUGGCCUACAUCCCAGCAGCCCGUACAACAUGGGGUGUAGCAGGCUGGCCUGAUGGUAAGCAGUUGUAUCAACAGUGCCUCAAGUACCAUACUAGCACAGACAUGACGCCCCAAGAGGUGUAUGACCUGGGCCUGAAAGAGGUGUCUCGCAUUCGUGGGAACAUGGAAGCGGCUUUGAAGAGGCUGAACUUCCAAGGUUCCAUCAAACAGUUCUAUGACAGCAUCCGAGCAGACCCUAAGUUCUACAAAAACAGCCCAGAAGAACUGCUGUCAACUUUUGAAGACUAUAUCUACAAUCACAUCUUCCCUAAGCUACCUAAACUCUUCAAAAAUAUUCCUGACUUUCCACUCAAGGUUGAGCAGAUGCCAUAUGAUGGCCCUGGUGGAGUGUACAUGGCAGGGACUCCAGAUAAGAAAGUGCCUGGAAUUUUCUAUGCUAAUGUUACUGAUCCUUCAAGAGUCUCUACUCUUAACCUCAUGGCUUUAACACUUCACGAAACACUACCUGGACACCAUCUACAAGCAAUUUAUUCUCUUUCUGCAAACAUGCCACCAUUCCGAGCACUGAUCGAGGACAACCAUUACUACAGAAUGCCUGCCACAUUUCCCAUCCACACAGCAUAUAUUGAGGGCUGGGGCCUUUACAGCGAGUAUCUUGGAGAGGAACUUGGCCUGUACCAAGAUGACUACAUGCUAAUGGGUCGAUAUUCUGAAGAAAUCUUCCGUGCAUGCAGACUGGUCGUAGACACUGGACUUCACUACUUUGGAUGGGAGCGUGAGCGGGCCAUUCAGUAUUUACUGGACAACUCUGUUGAAACUCCAGAAAAUGUGAAAAUUGAAGUGGACCGGUACUUGACCUGGCCUGGGCAAGCCACGGCAUACAAAGUUGGUGAAAUAAAGAUCAAGCAACUUCGCCAGAAAGCUAGUAAUGCUUUAGGUGACCUGUUUGAUAUCCGAGAUUUCCACUCUGUUAUCUUGGUGAAUGGAGGCAUGCCAUUAAACUUGCUGGAACAGCUGGUAGAUGAUUGGAUUGCAGCAACAUUACACCCUGAAAAUGCACUGCAGGAUAAAGAUGAGAAAAUAUGCACUGAGGAAUAAAACUUGUAAAUUGUUGGAUUAUUUUAUCGACUAUGGGCAGUGGUGCUUUUGUGCAAUCUCGUGACUUCAAGGAUGGUGAUUGCUGCAGAAUGGCAUGCAUUGCAUUAUGUCGUGCCUUUUUUGCUUUUACUUUAAUGCAUGGGGGGAAAAAAUAAGUAUUUUGUUUUCUUUGCCUUGAAUAAAUGAACUGGUUAAGAAUUGUAUUAUAUAUGCAUUUGACUUGUUAAUCCUAUUUUCAUUUUACUCCAGGUAGCAAUUUUAUUGAUUGUAUUAGUUAUAAAUGGUGAAUUUCAGUUAUGGUUAGAGUGAUGGACUUGAUGCAUUUAUCAUCUGCAAGAGACUUCAACUUAUAGACAAAUGUUAAAUGUUUUGUGAUAAAACCCCAAGUCAUACUGGAUUGAGAGCUCUGAAAGUUUUUUUAAAUUUUGCUUUUCUUUUGAAUGCAAUGGAGUUCUUGAGAGAGUUGUAUGCAGAAAAACAAUUUAUACCCACCAUGUGGUUUCUUUGUGGAUACAUUCAUGAACAGAA